UUUACUUAACCAUUUUGUGUUGGGCAGUGACGCAACAUUCAGUUCAAACAAGGCGGACCUCGUUUCUGUUAGAAAUAAAACCGUUUUUCGGGCUGAUGUUACUCUAAAUCAUAAGGAAACGCCUUUAUAUCAUCACACAAGAUGGAUCUGUGGUUACUUUUUAUAGCGACGCUGUCAGCGGUCCUCUGUGGCAGCCGGGCACAGCAAGAGGGGAGCAUAUGCAUCAAGGCCAACGCGCAGUCGUGUGGGGAAUGCAUCCAGGUCGCCGAGACGUGUGGAUGGUGCGCUGAUGAAAAAUUCCUCACUCAGUCCAAGUCUGCUCGCUGUGACGAUCUGGAGUCCCUGAAGAAGAGGAAUUGUGCCGUGACCAAAAUUGAGAACCCACGCGGAAGCUUUACAGUCGACAAGAACAAGACGGUCACCAACCGCAACAAGGACACGGCCGAGAAACUGAAGGCUGAGGAGAUCACCCAGAUCCAGCCCCAGAAACUCACCCUGACACUCCGAUCUGGUGAGCCGCAGACUUUUGAGCUGAAAUUCAAGUGUGCUGAGAACCAGUCUUUGUCAUCUGAGGUCAUUCUGGAAAACGACAGGCUGCCAGAGGGAGUCUCCAUCACCUACAAGUCCAUCUGUAAGAACGGUGUGGAGGGAACGGGGGAGAACGGCAGGAAGUGCUCCAACAUCUCCAUCGGAGACGAGGUGUUCUUCCACAUUUCCAUUGGGACCCAGAAGUGUCCAUCGCACGGCAAGCCUGAGGUCAUUAAGAUCAAACCCCUGGGCUUCACCGAGGAGGUGGAGGUCGUCCUGAACUUCAUCUGCGACUGUCAGUGCGCCGCUGAAGGAGAGCCCAACAGCCAGCAAUGCCACAACGGGACCUUUGAGUGCGGAUCCUGCAAGUGUAACGAGGGACGUAUCGGGCGUCUUUGCGAGUGUUUCACAGACGAGGUGGGGACGGAGGACCUGGACGCCAACUGCCGAAGUGGCAGAGGUACGGACAUCUGCAGCAACACCGGCGACUGUGUGUGCGGCACCUGCGAAUGCAAGAGGCGUGAGAAUCCCACAGAGAUCUACAGCGGCAAGUUCUGCGAGUGCGACAACUUCAACUGUGACCGCUCCAACAACAAGCUCUGCGGAGGACACGGCCGCUGUGAGUGCAGGAUGUGCAUCUGCGACGCCAACUACACAGGCAGCGCCUGCGACUGCUCCCUGGAGACCGCCACCUGCCUCGCCAGGAACGGGCAGAUCUGCAACGGCCGCGGUAAUUGUGAAUGUGGGAUCUGCAGAUGCACCGACCCCUAUUUCCAGGGUCCAACCUGCGAGAUCUGCCCCACCUGCCCCGGCGUCUGCACUGAGCACAGAGAUUGUGUGCAGUGCCGAGCGUUCGAGUCCGGCGAGAAGAAGGACACGUGUGAGCUACAAUGCAGCUCUUUCCAGCUGAUCAAGGUGAAGGAUCGCGACAAGAUGCCCCAGCCGACCGACCAGAGCUUCCCGCUGACCCACUGCAAAGAGCGAGACGCCAACGACUGCUGGUUCUACUACACCUACGCCGUCAGGAACGACAUCAAGGAGGUGUACGUGGUGGAGACGCUGGAGUGCCCGGCAGGACCCAACAUCAACCCCAUGGAGGCAUUGUGGCAUUCAAUUCCAAAGAAUUGGAUCAAAUAAAUGUUUUAAGUAAAAGCC